GGUCGCUGGCCCGCGCGCAGGCUCGCGUCGCGGCCGCCGGGGGCUUUGGCAAGCCGCGGUGCGGGCCUGCGAGCUGGGUCUGCAGCAGCUUCUUACACCACCUGCCCGUUUUGUGUGGCCGGCGGGGCGAGGCCGGGCAGCGUGCGAGGGAGGCGGCGGCUGCCUCCGGCGGAGGCGGAGGUGCGGCGGGGUGGGGGCCGCCGACUUCACAGACAUCGGGCCGGCCCGCGCCUUUGCAGUGUGCUCCAUGCAUCCGGAGCCCGCCCCGCCCCCGAGCAGCAACAGCCCCGAGUUUCCCCUCAGCGGCGGCAGCACCACUAGCGGCAGCCGCCGGAGCCGCCGCCUCAGCGGGGACGGGGAGCCGCCGGGGUCCCCGCCGCCGCCGCCGCCGCCGCCACCCGCCGUCACCUACCCGGACUGGAUCGGCCAGAGUUACUCCAAGGUGAUGAGCCUCAACGAGCACUCGAUGCAGGCGCUGUCCUGGCGCAAACUCUACUUGAGCCGCGCCAAGCUCAAAGCCUCCAGCCGGACCUCGGCUCUGCUCUCCGGCUUCGCCAUGGUGGCGAUGGUGGAGGUGCAGCUGGACGCUGACCACGACUACCCGCCGGGGCUGCUCAUUGCCUUCAGCGCCUGCACCACAGUGCUGGUGGCCGUGCACCUGUUUGCACUCAUGAUCAGCACCUGCAUCCUGCCCAACAUCGAGGCGGUGAGCAAUGUGCACAACCUCAACUCGGUCAAGGAAUCACCCCAUGAGCGCAUGCAUCGCCACAUCGAGCUGGCCUGGGCCUUCUCCACUGUCAUCGGCACACUGCUCUUCCUGGCUGAGGUGGUGCUGCUCUGCUGGGUCAAGUUCUUGCCCCUCAAGAAGCAGCCAGGCCAGCCACGGCCCACUAGCAAGCCCCCGGCCGGUGGCGCUGCUGCCAAUGUCAGCAGCGGCAGCACCAGUGGCAUCACCCCAGGCCAGGCAGCUGCCAUCGCCUCCACCACUAUCAUGGUCCCCUUUGGCCUGGUCUUCAUCGUCUUUGCCGUCCACUUCUACCGCUCGCUGGUCAGCCAUAAGACGGACCGACAGUUCCAGGAGCUCAACGAGCUGGCCGAGUUUGCCCGCUUGCAGGACCAGCUGGACCACAGAGGGGACCACCCCUUGACGCCCGGCAGCCACUAUGCCUAAGCCCUCGCGGGUCUGGGCCCUUCAGAGCUUUGGCCUUACACCCUUUCCCAUGACCUUGUCCUGCCCCAACCUCAAGGACCGCCUGUGCAGGGGGAUCGGCUUCACUCAGGGGGCAGAGAGUGAAGGGAAGAGGCUUUUUGUAAAAGAAAUUAUUGCACUUUGAAACUUUCCUCUAAGAGAAUAAGCACUUCCUGUUCUUCCAGCUCCAAAUCCACCUCCUGUUAGGAGGCUGUGGGGGCCAGCGUAGGGACAGAUGCUGCCUUUGUCCCUCCUCCUCCCCAUGCCAGUGCCACCUGGAUGCUUCCUGUCCUUUCUGUCUUGACCUCCCCGUUCAGCGGAGAGAGUGUGUGUGUGUCUGUGUGUGUGUGUGUGAACACAUAAAUAUACUCAUAAGGGACA